AUGGAAGACAGGUACAACCAUGAAGCACAAGGGUACCCCCUUGCCCCACCCUCCAUGCCAAGAAGCCACCAAACAAUAUACACCAACAGCAGCACAAACUACACUAACUACCACACAAAAAGGCGAAAAACAAUCAAACGCCUAACCUUAGUCGCAAUCUUCGUCUCAACCCUAGCCGCAACCCUCCUCGUGCUCGGUCGAGCCACCACGCCACGCGUACGCCUAGUCGACGUCACGCUGACUAACAACAACAACAACGACAACUUUUUGCUGACUGGUCGAGUCUUGGUCAGGAACCGGAACUUCUGGCGGUACGAGUUCGACGGGGCCAUGGGGACCGUGCGGGCCGCCAACGGCACGAGCUUGGGCCGGUUCGCGAUUCACGACGGACGGGCCAGCGCCCGGUCGACCCGAAGGAUUUAUGUGUUUGCGGACUUGAGGGGCCCGUUGGGCUCUGGCGAGGCCCGUUUGAGGGUCGAGGCGCGGCUGAGGGGUGAGGUGAGGGUGCUGAGGGUAGUGAGUAGGGAUAGGUCAGCUGUUUUGAACUGCACCAUAAGUGUUGGCUUGCCCAUAAGAGGUGUUCAGAAUUUGAGGUGCCAAUAA